CGGUUGCUCCGGAAGUGGAGGGAGGGGGUGAAAAUGGCGCCCAGCUCGAAAUCGGAGCGGAACAGUGGGGCCGGGAGCGGCGGCGGCGGCCCCGGGGGAGCCGGGGGGAAGCGGGCAGCGGGACGGCGGCGGGAGCAUGUCCUCAAGCAGUUGGAGCGGGUCAAGAUCAGCGGGCAGCUCUCACCUCGCCUGUUCCGGAAGCUGCCACCGAGGGUCUGCGUGUCGCUCAAGAACAUCGUAGAUGAGGAUUUCCUCUAUGCGGGGCACAUCUUCCUGGGCUUUUCCAAGUGUGGUCGCUAUGUGCUGUCCUACACCAGCAGCAGUGGGGAUGACGACUUCUCCUUCUACAUCUACCACCUCUACUGGUGGGAGUUCAACGUACACAGCAAGCUGAAGCUGGUCCGGCAGGUGCGGCUCUUCCAGGACGAGGAGAUCUAUAGCGACCUAUUUCUAACCGUGUGUGAGUGGCCCAGUGACUCCUCCAAGGUCAUCGUCUUUGGCUUCAACACCCGCUCACCCAACGGCAUGCUCUUGAACAUGAUGAUGAUGAGUGAUGAGAACCACCGCGACAUCUACAUCAGCACGGUGGCUGUGCCACCGUCUGGCCGCUGCGCUGCCUGCCAGGACGCCAGCCGGGCGCACCCGGGCGACCCGAGUGCGCAGUGCCUGCGACAUGGCUUCAUGCUGCAUACCAAGUACCAGGUGGUCUAUCCGUUCCCGACCUUCCAGCCAGCCUUCCAGCUCAAGAAAGACCAGGUGGUGCUCCUGAACACCAGCUACUCCCUGGUGGCCUGCGCUGUCUCCGUGCACUCAGCAGGUGACAGUGGCUUCUGUCAGAUCCUGUAUGACCACACAGCCUCCCCACCACCCCCGCCCAGUCCCCCAGGGCCCCGAAGCCCAGAGGCACCCCCCACCCUCCUUAACCUCUGCCCCGAGGCAGCUCCAGCCCGGUCCUCUGGGGCCUCCGAGCCCUCGCCCGCCAUUGCCAGAGCCAAGGAGUUCGUAGCCGACAUCUUCCGCAGGGCCAAGGAGGCCAAAGGUGGGACUUCUGAGGACACCCGGCUGCUGCCCUGCCCCGGACCCUCAAGCAGCCGCUGCCGCUCGUCCUCAGAGCCCCCAAGCUUCUGCAGUGAAGCAGUGUCCAGGGACAGUCCUGCCUUGGCACCUGCCGCAGAGCCUGGUUAUGUCAACUACACCAAGCUAUACUAUGUGCUAGAGUCCAGUGAAGGGACAGAGCCUGAGGAUGAGUUCGAGGAUGACAAGAUCUCUCUGCCCUUCGUGGUCACUGACCUCCGAGGCCGCAACCUGCGUCCCAUGCGGGAACAGACUGCUUUCCAGAGCCAGUACCUGACAGUGGAACAGCUCACAUUGGAUUUUGAGUAUGUCAUCAACGAGGUCAUCCGCCAUGAUGCCACCUGGGGCCACCAGUUCUGCUCUUUCAGUGACUACGACAUCGUCAUUCUGGAGGUCUGUCCAGAGACCAACCAGGUCCUCAUCAACAUCGGCCUGCUGCUCCUGGCCUUUCCAUCCCCUACUGAGGAGUGCCAGCCCCGACCAAAGACCUAUCACACCAGCCUCAAGGUGGCAUGGGACCUCAACACUGGCAUCUUUGAAACAGUCAAUGUGGGCAAACUCACCGAGGUCAGGGGGCAGACGAGUGGCAGUGUCUGGAGCUCAUACCGCAAGGGCUGUGUGGACAUGGUCAUGAAGUGGCUGGUGCCUGAGAGUAGUGGCCGUUAUGUCAACAGGAUGACCAACGAGUCACUGCACAAAGGGUGUUCGCUGAAGGUGCUGGCAGACAGUGAGCGGUACACGUGGAUUGUGCUGUGAGGGCCCAGCUGCCCAGACACUGACGCCAACUACCUCCGAGGCCGGAGCUGGCCGCCCCUGUGCUGGCCUCCGCCCGGCUGGUGGCCCACAACGAUGGCAGUAGUGUUGGGCUGCAUGAAGGGCUCAGCAGCCAGCCCAGCAGCUGGAGAGUCUGGACGCUUUUUUAUUUAUGCCUAUUUAAGUUGGGAAGGGGCAGAGGGGGGGAGACUGACCCCCCCCCAGCCUGGAGUGGCCACCUUCCCGCAGUGGGCAUAGACGGGCCUAGCCUGUGCAUUUGCCCCAUUUCUGGGCGCAGGAGCCAGUGGGACCUUCGAAGAAUUGAAUGGUCCCAGCCUCCCCUUCUCUGCCUACCCGGCCUCACUGCACCACGGAGGGGAACCUGUGGUCACCCACUUUGUCCUUCAUUUAAUAAAUGCUUUAUUUC